AUGAGUUUUCUCUUCAGCUCGAUUAAGAACCUCACCGUCGGCGGUACGGUGCUCGGCGGUUCCGCCUCAGCAGCCGGCAGCGCCACCAACACCCACACCGCGACCACCACCCCAACCGCUUCCGGCACUGGCCCGAUCGUCAGCUGCUAUCAAGAAUCGGAAGAAAUGCGGUUCAAUGCUUUAUCACCGCCACCACCUCCUCCACCACCACCCCCGUCCGCCUCCAGCUCCGACUACAACAUCAGCAAAAAGAUGGGCGUCCCGGAUACGCAGUCCGACUUCAACCAGUGGCUGCACGCGAUGAAGAUGGUGGCCCGCCUACCAGGCGGGAUGCCUUCGGAAUUUCGGCGAAAGCUCUGGAUGGCACUGGCCGAUCGCUACCUAAAGACGAGAUCGCUCAACUGGGAGGAAGAGUCGGCCAAAUGUCUCAGCGAACAGUCGGACGAAGAUGACGAGGAGCUGGGCAUACAGAUCGUGAAGGAUCUUCACCGGACUGGGUCGAGCCUUUGCUCCGGUCCGUCCGGGACGAUCAAUCAGGGCAAGCUGAAGCGUGUACUGCUCGGCUACUCGCGCUUUAACCCGGAGGUGGGCUACUGUCAGGGUUUCAACAUGCUCGGUGCCCUCAUCCUGCAGGUCAUGGACAAGAGUGAAUCGGACUCGAUCAAGGUGAUGAUACUACUGAUCGAGGGUUUGCUACCGGCCGGUUACUUCUGCGGAUCGCUCGGUGGCUUACAGGCCGAUAUGGCCGUGUUUCGCGAUCUGCUCGGCACACGGCUCCCGAAGCUGGCGCGCCACCUCCAGAAGCUGCAGGGCCCGGAGGGAGCCUUCGAGCCACCGCUGACGAAUGUGUUCACGAUGCAAUGGUUUCUGACGCUGUUCUGCACCUGUCUGCCGAUACCGCUGGUUCUGCGCGUUUGGGAUCUCAUACUGAUCGAGGGAAGCGAUGUGCUGCUCCGGACCGCACUGGCUAUUUGGGGAAUUUUGGAAAGUAAAAUUCUCGCCACCAAGACGGCCGAUGACUUCUACUGCAAAAUGGGAGCCCUCUCGUCGGAGCUUGUCAACGGAAGUCUGGUGGACUCGAACGCACUGAUACAGCGCGUGGUUGAUAUUGGACCAAUAGCAGACCUGCCGAAGCUGCGGGAAAAACACCUCAACAGUAUUACACAGCUAAAGGACACGUCCAACCUGAAGAUUUUCUACUCGGACGACGAGGGCGAAUCGGACGAAGACUCACGGUUAGCCGUAACAGCGACCGCGUGGGGUCUACGGUCCGGCCGGCGAGCAUCCUUGGGCAUCCCGCCCAACUUUGCCCGAGCCGAGGGCAAGGAAAAGAUGAACCUGGAUAUCUCCCUGCUGAAGAAGCAGUACGACAAGCUGCGCGAACGACAGCGACAGGCACAUAUCAUCCUAACGGCGGCCGUCGCCCGUCAACCCGCCAACCCGUCCCCCAACAGUGGCACGCUGCAGGUGAACCAGCUGCUCGUCGGCAAAAAUGCGCUGCUCAGUGCCAAAGGCAAACGGCUCGGACCACCGCAGGGUGCCGUACCGCCGGUCCGGUCCGGGAAAUCCUCCAAACAAUCCGGCAAACAGUCCGGCGGUCCCAAGUCACCCAAACCGGUCGAAACCCUGCACUGGAAGGAUAUGGACGAGACGAAGCAACGCCGCAACAGUCUCAAGUGGAAGGACCUCCCGAAGGAGGCGGUAAAAAAGCCACAAUCGCAACAGCGGGACGACGCUGCCAAGACGGAUGGUUCUCCAAAGCUUAAAAAAUCCGCUAGCGCAUCGUCGGCCAUCAGCAACCUUUCGGAGACGGGGAGCAGCGGUGGCGAUGGUUCGUCCGGUGCACGCCCCGGUGCGUUGAAACGGCGCAGCGAAUCAUCGUCUUACAGUGAGGAGUCGGACGCAGAAUCCAGCACAAGCACGUCCCUGUGCGAUGACGACAAUCAGCCGCUUAGCGCUUCCUCGCUGGAAGCGUCACCGAUGAAGCGACGAAUCACGCCCGAGUCCAUCAUCCGGGAAGUGCCUGACGAAGAAAAACUGGUUGUGAUCGUACCGAGCGACAGCGAGCUGACCGACAUCAAGGAGGAACCGUCGUCGUACGGAGACGACGAAGAUGGUGAGCUCAGCAAAACGUCCGAGGUGGACCUGCAGAUAGUUAGCGACCUGCUGAGUCCGGUUUCGGAUGGAGCGCUGGAGCCGCCCCAGCGACUGUCACCCAUCGCUCCGCUUCAUCCUGAACUAGAGGAUAAGUCGCUCUCGAUCGCCAUCACCAGCACUAGCCAACUGUCACCCAUACCGGACAUCAGCAAGUACGUCAGCAUGUCCACGAUCAGCCCACUCAAGACGCCCUCUUCGCUGAUGGAUUACUCGGACUAUCUGGCAAACAUUCCAACCGACAAUACCGUCACGGUGGAUGCAACCAAAAGCUCCACGCCCAUGGUGGAGGUGGCGCGCAUCGAACCCGAACCGGAACCGUUCAAAGUGAGCGACGAGGGCGUCACGAACGAGCUGUUCGAGCGUAUCAAUGCAGCCGAACGGCCCAGCAAGCUCGAUCUCAACGUGAUCAAGGAGCGGCGGGUAAGCGAAUCGCUCGUAACCACCGCCGAGAGUGGUCUGGACAGGAGUGAUGCCACCUCGAAGCUGGACAACUAUAGCUUUACCAACGUCUCGAACCGUUCGUCGAUGUCAUCGUCGUUUGUGCUGGAGCUGCCGAUGAAGAGCACCCUGCAACACGACAGCCCGCUGCUGCCACCCAGCGUAGACCUAGCCUCGCUAGCUGACCGGGAACCAACGAAACAGCCAAAGUAUCAAAUUGCCGACGCACUCAGCACUCCCACGCCGCAGGAAGAAGCGCACGAAAGUCCCGAGGACAUCGAACGGUAUCUAGCCAACCGGGUUAAGUUCCUGAAGGAGAAAUCAUUCUCGAUGGACGAUCCGAUCAAGGGGGAGGAUCUGCCACCGGAGGACAUCUCGAAACGAUCCGCAUCGGAGGGACUGGUGACGGUCGAUACGAACCCACUGAAGAGCGAUAAAAUGCUGGAGAUCAUCAAGGAAAAUUCGCUCAUUCUCGGUAGAAUAGUGCGCAAAACGCGCGAACAGGAUGAACAGCGGACGGAUCAGCUGAUCAAACAGGACGAAACGGAAAUGCUCAUCAAAACAAUCGAACAGCUGCCGAGCCUGCAUCUGGACGAAGAAUCUCUCGAUCUUAAAAUUUCCCACACCGUAAAUGAGCUGCUGGAAACGUCCGAAGUGGACAAACCGCUGCUCUCUCCCUAUCGGUUGAAGUUUGACAGUGAUCUUACGGUGCCCGAGGCGGUUCCGCCCGGUGGCGAAAGCAUCAAAUCCAAAACGGACCUGCUGAUACAACGCACCGAAGAACAGCUGGCACGAUUUGCACCUCCAGAGCCAACGUACUACGUUCGGAAGGACAACUUCCGGGAGAUCAUAACGCCGGAAGAGGAGAAAGUUAUCGAAACCGCUCGGGAUCCGGUGAAGGAACCUUCACCGACGGUUCCACCGCAACCCGCAGUAACGAACGUGAAGGACCCAGAACCCGAAUGUCCUGUGCCGCCACCAAUAAACUUAAGCUUUAACGCCAUCGAUACGAGGGCGGUAUCAUCCAAAACGGAGGAAUUGAUCAAGAAAACGGAGGAACAACUAGCGCGCUUCCGUACGCACGACAAAAAGAUGAUAGACAAGCUGGAGAAGCGCCUGUCGCUGAUCGAUAUGAAGCUGGGCGAAACCACAACGUUAAGCCCCGCCCCACUGUCCACGGUCGCGUCAAGCAAAACGGAGGAGGUGUUGAAGAAGUCGGAGGAGCAAAUUUCCCGCCUGUUGGCACGCAAAUCACCGACGCGCUUUAAGCUCGACACCGAGCACACCGACCUGAAACCGCUCAGCCUGAAGACGGAGGAGCUGAUCAAGAAGACGGACGAGCAGCUGGCACGGUUUAAAGCGUCCGCCGAAAGUACGGCGGAAAAGCGCAAAAGCCGUCACGAAAUCGACGAGCUGCUCAGGCCGGAAAACAGCACCGAGCGGAUGCUCAGCCGAUCGUGCGAAUCGAUCCGGAGCGAGGACUUCUCGGGGCGCGAUCCUGAGGAGGCGGUAAUUAUACGGCACGUAAAGGAGGAAAUCCUGCGCACGAUCAAGAUACCGGACGAGGUGAAAAGCUCCAAGACGGACGAAAUCAUCAAGAGCAUUGAGGAUGGUAAGAUCAAGCUGGGCGAUGACUACAUCACGACCAUCAAGACAAUCGACUACUUGAAGCGCUCGAACGCGAACAUGCUGGCCACGCUUUCGUCGAUCGAGAAUUCGAUCAAAACGAUCGAUGGGUACUGCGACUACGAGUCGGACAUUCAGUCGGACCGGAUUAACGAUACGAUCGACAAUCUGGAGAAGUCGCUCAAGCAGUUCGACAACCAUGCGGACGGCACGAGCAUCGGCGGUGGCACGAGUCCUACCAGACAGUCGGGUAACUGUACGGCGGAACCACCGCUCGUGAUGGUACACGAUUACUCCACCACCCAUCACGAAUCGCGCUGCCGCCCGACGUCGUGCAACAGGCCGAGUCGGCCCCGGAAACGCAAAGAGUACUCACCCCGCCGGCGGAAGGACAAAGAGCGCGAAGGGGACAAGAGCGCGAGCAACCGGUCCCGCAAAGACCACAGCAGCGACUACUCUUCCGACAAUCAGUCGCUCGACCGCGAGUCACCCAAAACGUACACGUACGCUUCGUACUACAGCCACUCGCCUCCGAUAACGCCGCGGCUAGCGUCACCAUCGCGCAAGCUGCCGGAACCGAACGUACGGCCGACGACGCUCAAAAGCACAUCGCACGAUCGGUACACGCUGCACCUGCAACGGGACACCGGACCGCUGGUCAAGUUCGACAAAUCGCCCUCCUCACCGAUCAUCACCAAAGCCUACCUGGAGUCGCUAAAACCCGCCACACCCGUUGCGUCCGGCCGGACCACGCGGUCGGCCGAGAACUCGCCACCGUACCAUCCGAACCAACCGCCCGCACUGUCGCCGACGACCUCGGUGCAGAUUGGCCGGUACACGGGUACGCUGCGCAGUUCCACCUACCACGACACGGAACACUCGCACAUCAAGAGCUGCGAAAACAUUAUGAUGCGCUUUGACUACGAGAAGAUAUCCGCCAUCGCGGCCAGCUUCCCGAUCAGCAGUGCGCUCUCGCCAUCGCCCACCAACAAGUACAGCAGUUUGGACUUUCAGCAGGACGGUGCGCUCAACCUGGGCCUUGCGACGUCACCCAACAAAAAGUCGCUACACUAA